CCAUGGGAUUGCAGUAGGUACUACUCUGCAAUGUCUCUAACAGAAACCCAAAGUGAGCAUGGAUUCGAUGGAAGAGAAUAUGAGAGAUUUUUGCAAGCCAACAACAGAGAAUUCAACGCUCUUUUUGGAUAUCCAAACAAUGCCAUCAAGACCUCAAAAUAUACUAUUUUGAACUUCCUGCCCCUGAACCUAUUUGAACAGUUCCAGAGACUUGCAAAUGCCUAUUUCCUGGUAUUGCUAAUUCUACAGUUGAUUCCCCAGAUCUCCUCCUUGGCAUGGUACACCACUGUGGUACCUCUGGUGGUGGUGCUGUCCAUAACAGGAGUGAAGGAUGCCAUCGACGACUUGAAAAGGCACCAAAGUGACAAUCAAGUUAACAACUGUUCUGUUCUGCUGCUGGCAGAUGGCAGGGUAAAGGAGGACAAAUGGAUGAAUGUCCAAGUGGGAGAUAUAAUAAAACUAAAAAAUGACCAGGCUGUCCCUGCAGAUCUACUAUUACUCUCCAGCAGUGAGCCAUACAGUCUGACAUACAUAGAAACAGCAGACCUGGAUGGUGAAACCAACUUAAAAGUGAAGCAGGCCAUCACCAGUACCAGUGACCUGGAAGAUAAUCUAGAGCUGCUUUCUGUCUUUGAUGGAGAAGUGAAGUGUGAUCCUCCCAAUAACAAGUUAGAUAAAUUCACAGGAAUCCUGACCUAUAAGAGGAAAAGCUACCCCCUGGACCAUGACAAGCUGCUGCUCCGCGGCUGCAUCAUCAGGAAUACAGAUUGGUGUUUUGGCCUGGUCAUUUAUACUGGGCCAGACACCAAAUUAAUGCAGAACAGUGGGAAAUCCAUCUUUAAACGGACACAUAUUGACCAUCUCAUGAAUCUCUUUGUGAUCUGGAUUUUCCUGAUUUUAGGCGUCAUGUGUAUUAUCCUAGCAAUUGGGCAUGGUAUUUGGGAGACCAAGAAAGGCUACCACUUCCAGAUUUUUAUGCCAUGGGAAAGUUAUAUCUCUUCAUCAGUUAUCUCUGCCAUGUUCACUUUCUGGUCCUACUUCAUUAUUCUCAACACCAUGGUGCCCAUUUCUCUUUAUGUAAGGUAGGUGUCUUUGAUCAUUUGGGGUUAUAGGGAAACGGGUUGA